GUGACUGUCUAUAUUACUCGGAAAAAUUCGGCGAAGAGCAGUGAUAAACGAAAAUUUUAAUAAUAUUAAUACUGAGAAUUGAGAAAUAAUUUUAAGUGCAUAUUUUUUCAUAUGCAUUCCUAAUGUCAAUAUUGGAGUAAUAUCUCCAACACUCGCUUGGCGGAUAUUUAUUGUUCAUCAUUACAUUAAAAUGGAUAACACUAUUCCGUACGACAAUAAAACAUUUUCUGAUUAUAGACGUUCCGAACGCCAAGAAAUGUUGAUAGCUGCCCCGUUGGAUUUAUCAUUUAAAAAAGCAAGUACAAUGUCUGAAUUAGCAGCUAAACGUCCACAAUCAGUGCGAACGGGUAAAAUUCCGUUGCGAACACCUGCAGAUCGUUUUGUAACGUGUUCCUUAUGGUUAAGCAAUAAUUCAUUGUCUUCGUUGGAUGGAUUUGAAAACCUCGUGCGACAAGUUCUAGACGAACCGUUCCAUCUUAGCUGGCUUGAUAUCUCUUUUAACGAACUAGCAACAAUCGGAGACGACAUAACUAAAUUCCCGAAUUUAAAGAUAUGUUAUUUGCACGGAAACAAUAUUACGGACAUAAACGAUGUUGUGAAACUGAAAAAAUUGCAAAAUCUUAAAUCUUUAACACUACACGGAAACCCUAUCGGCCAUCUUCCAUUUUAUAGAGGAUAUGUUGUUCAUAUCCUGCCGCAAUUAACAUCGCUAGACUUUUCAGCAGUGUUAUCUACUGAAAGAAAGAAAGCAGCACCUGCUGGGUUUUACAAAAAAGUACAAGACGCUACAUGAAUACAAAAUUUUAUUUUCCAA